UGGUUUAUUGGACGGUUCCCCAUCUCUGUCACCAAGUGUGGAGCGUCUCUGUUACUCAUGGAGAGUGCUUGAAAGGUUUCCUCGUGUAAAUCUCUAGGAAAACACAAUCAUGAAGCACACGCGGGGGCUGUCUGGCAUGGAGGAGCUUCUCGAGACAGAGAGUGGCUCAAUUGAUUUCUAGUCGUUGCAGAGAGUGGAAGUACUACAGCAUGCCUCAGACAAAGUAUCCGGAAACCUUCACCAAUUGUGUUGGGGAGAAUCUCAGUGUAUCCAUUGUGGGUGGUGGACUUGUGGGAUCCUUGCUGGCCUUGCAUUUGGGCCAGAAGGGCUACCGUGUGCAUCUGUAUGAGUAUCGUGAUGAUAUUCGUACCACGGAGCUCAUUGGAGGGCGCAGCAUUAACUUGGCACUCUCCGUGCGUGGGAGGAAAGCUCUGGCCAAGGUGGGACUUGAGGAUGCAAUCCUGGAGCACGCGAUCCCAAUGCGUGGGCGGAUGCUGCACGAUCUCAGCGGAAAACGACGCAUUGUGCCAUACGAUAAGAAUAAGAAUCAGUGUAUCUACUCAGUGGGUCGCAAACAUCUCAAUGAAAUUCUUCUCAAUGCAUCCGAGCGAUAUCCAAAUAUUCAUCUCAACUUCAAUCAGAAGCUGGUUGAUAUGCACGUGGAAGACACGCAGAUGACCUUUAUGAACCCUAAAACCAGGGAGAUCACCGAAGUGGGAACAGAUUUGAUCAUCGGCUGCGACGGAGCCUUUUCAGCCGUUCGCAGGCACAUGCUAUCCCGGCCGGGCUUUGACUUUAGUCAAACUUACAUUGAACACGGCUACCUGGAGCUUUGUAUUCCCCCAACGGCUACCGGAGACUUCGCUAUGCCCCACAAUUACCUCCACAUCUGGCCAAGGGGGAAGUUCAUGAUGAUUGCCUUGCCGAAUCAGGAUAAAUCUUGGACAGUGACGCUCUUCAUGCCAUUUGUGAAUUUUGAAAUGAUCAAAAAUGCUGAAGAUCUUCUUGGUUUCUUCGGGCAGUACUUCCCAGAUUCCAUUGAGCUAAUCGGGAAGGAGAGGCUUGUCAAGGAUUUCUUCAAAAUUAAGCCUCAGAGUCUUGUUAUGAUCAAGUGCCGCCCGUAUCACAUCUCCAACAAAGUCCUCCUUAUGGGUGAUGCAGCUCACGCCAUGGUUCCCUUCUAUGGGCAGGGAAUGAAUGCUGGCUUCGAGGAUUGCACCAUUUUCAGCGAUAUCCUCGAACGUUCAGCUGCUCGGGAUAUCUCAGCGGCCAUCAGGGAAUUCUCAGCAGCACGCUGGGAAGAUGCUUUUGCCAUUUGCGAUCUGGCCAUGUACAACUACACCGAGAUGCGUGAUCUUGUUAAUCGUCGUAGCUUCCUGUGGCGCAAAACCCUGGAUGAUUUCCUCUUCUGGGCUAUGCCAAACACCUGGGUACCGCUGUACAACACUGUCUCCUUUUCCCACAUGCCCUACAAGCUCUGCAUUGAGAAUCGCGAAUGGCAGAAUCGCAUACUUGGAGGUGUUAUGAAGGCUGCAGCAGGAGUUGGAAUGGCAACGGUUGCAGGUGUUGCAGUUGGUCUUGCAUGGUGGGCAUAGAUAAUGUUAAAAUACCCGCGGAUGAUUUUUUUUUACAAUAAAUAUACUCAUUAGAUGGA